UAUGUAUAUAAACAAUGCUUUUAUAUUAAUGUUCAUCAUACCAUCACAAUGAAGUCUUGGCUGCUUCUGGUUGUAUUUGUUUAUUUUGUUAGUCACAGUUUCGCACACACGUUGCCUCCUGGAGGCAUAGAAUGGCAGAAUUGUACGAGACCACACGAGGUGUAUAAAUGUGGAAGCGCUUGUCAGACCGAGUGUGCCACUCUUGGAGAGAUCUGUCCAAUUGUCAAUAUAAGAUGCAAUGAUAGCUGUUACUGUGUGGAUGGGUAUGCAAGAGAUACAGACGGAGUCUGCAUAAAAAUAGCAAACUGCCCCCCAAAAUCAAAAUAAUUUGAGAUAUUAAAAGACCAGCUGUUAAUAAACAAAUGUUUCCAGUGGGUAAACAUCCACUAUAUUCAUUAUAAUUACGUAUUAUGUAUAUAAAAAAAAUACAUUUUAUUUGUAAUAAAUAAAUGUCUUAAAUUAA